AUUGUCUAUGGAGAAAUCUGUCUGCUCUCUGCAGUGAGCCGAGUAUUGACGUUUGCGGAAAGUUAAUCGCAGUCGUGGAAAAUUGGUUAGCUUUAACUGUUAGAAUCUCUUACAGGAAUGUCAGGCGUACAACCAGUUCAACACAUGAAGGUUUCAAGGUGUCCAACAGAUGAACUGACUUUAACAAACUGCGCUGUUGUGAACAGGGCAGAUUUUUUGGAUGAUGUUAGGCACGUCGAGGUGACGACGGGCCCGUCGCAGCACUUCGUGUUCAGCAUCAAGUUCCACUCGGAUGUGCCGCGCGGCACGGUGGCGUUCAGCCUGCUGCAGCGCAAGUGGGCCACGCUCUCCAUCAACCAGGACAUCGAGGUGAAGCCGUACAACUUCGACCCCUCGUCGAGCAACGAGUGCCUCUGCUCCAUCGUGCUGGAGGUCGACUUCAUGCAGAAGAAGACGACCACCCUGGAUCCGUACGACACGGACCUCAUGGCCAAGGAGUUCCUGUUCCAGUUCUCCGGCCAGGCGUUCACGGUCGGACAGCUGCUGGCCUUCAGCUUCAGCAAGGACAAGAGGACGCUCGGCCUGGUCGUCAAGAGUCUCGAAGCCGCCGACUUGAACGCCAUCAAGUCGGGCCAGACCGCCAAGCCGAAGAAGACGAGGAUGGGCAGAUGUCUUGGCGACACGAUGAUCCAGUUCGAGAAAGCAGAAACUUCAUCGAUUAAUUUGGUGGGCAAAUCUAAAGGGAAACUGGCGCCUCGCCAGUCGAUCAUCAACCCUGAGUGGAACUUCCAGCAGAUGGGCAUCGGCGGUCUGGACAAGGAGUUCAACGCCAUCUUCAGGCGGGCCUUUGCAUCGCGUGUCUUCCCUCCGGAGGUCGUGGAGCAGCUGGGGUGCAAGCACGUGAAGGGCAUCCUGUUGUACGGGCCGCCGGGCACGGGCAAGACCCUCAUGGCCCGCCAGAUCGGGAAGAUGCUGAACGCCAGGGAGCCCAAGAUAGUGAACGGCCCGCAGAUACUGGACAAGUACGUGGGCGAGUCCGAGGCCAACGUCCGGCGGCUGUUCGCCGACGCCGAGGAGGAGGAGAAGCGGCUGGGGCCCAACAGCGGGCUGCACAUCAUCAUAUUCGACGAGAUAGACGCCAUCUGCAAGUCGCGGGGCUCGGUGGCGGGCAACACAGGGGUGCACGACACGGUCGUCAACCAGCUGCUGGCCAAGAUAGACGGCGUGGAGCAGCUCAACAACAUCCUGGUGAUCGGCAUGACCAAUCGCCGGGACAUGAUUGACGAGGCCCUGCUGCGGCCGGGCAGGCUGGAGGUUCAAAUGGAAAUUGGGUUGCCAAAUGAAGAGGGACGAUUGCAGAUAUUAAAUAUUCAUUUAUCACGGAUGAAGGAGCACAAAAAGCUGAAUCAGGAUGUGGACACGAAAGAGCUGGCGACGCGGACCAAGAACUUCAGCGGGGCGGAGCUGGAGGGGCUGGUGCGGGCGGCCCAGUCCACCGCCAUGAACCGCCUCAUCAAGGCCGCCAGCAAGGUGGAGGUGGACCCCGAGGCCAUGGAGAAGCUGAACGUGACGCGCGAGGACUUCCUGCACGCGCUGGAGCACGACAUCAAGCCGGCGUUCGGGUCGAGCUCGGAGCUGCUGGAGCACUUCAUGGGGCGCGGCGUCAUCAACUGGGGGACUCCAGUCAGCUCCCUGCUGGAGGACGGGAUGCUGCUGAUCCAGCAGGCGCGCGCCACGGACGCCUCGGGCCUGGUCUCCGUGCUGCUGGAGGGCCCGCCCAACUCGGGCAAGACCGCGCUCGCUGCCCAGCUCGCCAAGAACUCAGAGUUCCCCUUCGUGAAGGUCUGCACCCCGGAGGACAUGGUCGGCUUCACGGAGUCCUCCAAGUGCCUGCAGAUCAGGAAGGUGUUCGACGACGCCUACCGCUCGCAGCUGAGCUGCAUCCUCGUGGACAACAUAGAGCGCCUGCUGGACUACGGCCCCAUCGGCCCGCGCUACUCCAACCUCACGCUGCAGGCCCUCCUGGUGCUGCUGAAGAAGGAGCCGCCCCGCGGCCGCAAGCUGCUCAUCCUCUGCACCAGCAGCCGCAGGCAAGUUCUGGAGGAGAUGGAGAUGAUGUCUGCGUUCACGGCGGUCCUGCACGUCCCCAACAUCUCGAAGCCGGAGCACCUGCUGGCCGUGCUCGAAGAGUCGGACGUGUUCGACAAGAAGGACAUCGCCAAGAUCAGCCGCAAGAUCCAGGGGCAGAGGUUGUUCAUCGGCGUCAAGAAGCUGCUGGCGCUGAUCGACAUGGCCCGCCAGACGGAGGAGGAGUACCGGGUCAUCAAGUUCCUGUCGAAGCUGGAGGAGGAGGGAGCGCUAGACAUGGGCUCCACCAUGAAGUAGACGCCAGCACACCUCCCGAGUUCCAGAGUUCUGCAGGUAGAGAACCAUUUGGGCGACUCCGCUAUCCUGCGCUCCAUGCGACUGUGAGCAUGUACGUGCAUAGCCGCCGUGAUCUCGGAUGUCGGCGGCACGGCAAGACAUCAGUAGUAUUGCAUACCCGUAUCUGUCGUAAUCUGCGCUCCCUUUACGGGUAGUAUUUAUUGUUUGUAAUGUUGUACAUUCUGUAUAUUACAGACAUUAUUGUCUGUGUAAAUAUUCAUUCUUUGCAGAUUUAUUUUUCUCGUACUUUGUGCAGUAAGUAGGGAUUUUCUGUUGGAUGCAGAGUUUUGAAGCUGUUUUGUAUGUUCAGAUGUCUUAAAUCAUAGCGACACAAAGGAACCCUUCUGCUGGUGGAAGAUAGGUAAUCAAGUACUUAGUUUUUGAUUUGGAAGUACUAAUGUGAUAAAGUUUAGUGUCUUCUUAAAAUGUCUGAUUAGUCAAAAUAAUGUCUUAAAGGUUCAUAUUUUCUACCAGUCUUAUUUUAGUUUAUUCAAACCUUAAUAAAUAUUUGAAAAUUUGUAAGCUGCAAGUAAAAUAGGCAGUGUUUGUGUUAAUUUGACAUUUUGCCAUCACCAUCUACACGCUGAUUAUUAAACACUCAAACUCAAGACUGCCAUAAAUGACAAAUUCUUAUUGGCUGGAAUUAAGAUUUAUAAGAAACACUAAUGAUAUUAUUAACAAUUCAUUAAAACCUUUUUCCCCCCUUUCCCAAUAUCAGUGAUAUAUUGAGAAGGUAUAAAUUUUCAUGAUUAUAAAUUUUACUUUACUUCAUAAGUACAUAUGUAAUGUAUUUCUACAUCAUGACAAUUGAAUUAAUUUUGUAAACAUUUUUAUAUUGUCUAGUUGCUCAUGAUGUCUUUCUAAAUGCCAGUCAAGUCCUUGAAGAAUUAUUGUUUGAUAAUAACUUUUUAUUAUGCAGAAGGCAGUGGUGUGCCAUCGCUGUAUCAUCCUGUCUCGAGAACUUGGGGCGUAUCGCAAUGUCCACUGCCGUGGUAUCUCACUCCUGGUUGAUCAGUCGUGAUGUGUCUUCGUUGCUCUUGUCUUUAUUCAAACAAAAAGGCUAAUUAUGAGCGUACUCUUAACAGUUGUGACAAUGAUAAUUUUUUGUCCUCCCACCCUUUUGAUUUAUUUUAUUAUUUUAUUUUUUUCUCAACAUAUCCUGAAGUUUGUGUUCUCAAUCUGGCAUGAACGGGAAGGUGGUUGCUUCAUGCCUCUUGUCGCAGCUAAAGUAGGAAGUCUCAAACUGUCACCUACAAUAUAUUUUAUGGUUCGGUUUGUACAGUGAUGGUAUACAAAGAUCCUAACAAACAAAAAUUGUAAGAAUGUUGUAACAAUUAUUAUGAAAUGUAUUGAGUGAAAUUAGUUAGUUUUGAGGUUGCAAUUUUCAAAUGUUUCUCAAAUUUCAAAAUAGUUUUACAUUUUUGAAUUUGCAGUUUCAGAAGGUUGGUAUCAAAGCAUUCACUCCUCUGCAUUCAACAACUACUUAAAAGAACCGAUUAGAGUGUAACUUCAAAUUUCAUUAAUGUUUUUCUUGUUAAAGUUUUCAUUAGUGGAAAAAGUGGCAAUUAAUUUACUUCGCCAGCGAAGUAUCUAAAGGAUUUUAACAUUAAUACAAUGUUGCAACAAGACAUUCUUCCAUUCUGUCGUAAAGCUAGUUGUGAUAGUGUAACAUCUUUAUGGAGCAUUCCUGUUCAAAGCUCUAACAUGAAUACAGAUUUCUUCCUGUGUGUUAAUCUCUAAACAAAGUGAAGUAUAAUUGGUGAACAAAUUAUUUGGUAGCUUGGCACUCAUGUGUUUGUGGAAUGUGCACCUAAAUGUCUAAAUAGGAAAAGCCUUGUUUUUGUUUCGAUUUAAAUUCUAUACAUGUUGCAAUCUAAUCCUUUAAAUACUGUCUUGCAAUAAAGCAUAGUAUAUAAGGUACAAAAUAGAAGUUGUUGAUGUAUACCAUACAGUAUAUUGUCUCUGUGUAUUGUGAGUCCCUAUGUCUGGUGGUUUUUUAAAGCCAAUUUUGUUUCACCAGUAGUUAUUAUAAAAGCACAAAAAUUAUUUGCUGAAAAUAAAUUUAUAAUUGACCACAAAUUGUAAGUUAAUGUAAAUGUUCUGUAAUUUACGUAGAUAUUUAUUAGUUCUAAAAAGUUUUCUAUAAAAAAAAUUGAAAUGUUUGUAAAGAGUAACAUAAUGUUUACCAAAAGAAACAACAUUCCUGUAGUUGACAUACCAGUUAUGUUAUCGGAGAACGAAGUUGCAUUUAUAGAGCUAGGUUGAAAAUAUAGGUUAGCUAAAAGUUCUCCAGAGUUAUUUUUUAAUGACUGGAUGAUUGAUUGAAGUUUGUAUGCAUCGUGUGAAUAACAAUUGUGUGCUUGUGUCCAUAUUAAGUAAGUGUGAGAUGUAUGGCAGAUAUACUCAUGUAGUCUCAUGGAUGCAUGCAGUUCAGUGUAUAGUGUAUAAUAUUGUCAUUCCAUUCAUACUUGUUAUGAAGAGAAACGAUUGAAACCUAAUAAUGUGCAAGUUUGGGAACCGUGCCUCUAGUGGUGUGGAGACUGAAUCAAAUAAAGUAGAAUUAAUUUUUUAACUGUGAUAUUUUAAUAUUUUUAUUUGUUUAUGUUUUAUUUGUUGCACCAGUUUCGUUUAUUUAUUUCACCUAUCUUACUUUGACUUUGGCUAAAUAUCUUUCUGGUGUAAAUAGUUAUAAAUGCUAUUGGGGGUAAAUUCUUAGGUAUAAGUAUAACUAUAGGAGUAUGUUAGUAUAUGCAUUGGUAAAAUAUUUUGUACAGUUCUUAUAAAAGGGCCAAAAGAAAACAAUAAAAAUAUUUGUGUUGUGUUUUUUGGGAAUGUGUUGAUCUAAGCAUAUGUCACUGUUUGGUUUGUUUGGUUGUAUAUAGCUAGUUAUCAUUUCACAUUAUUAACUGUCAGACUAGGUAUCCAUGACAUGCUAAUGUUGGUAACAUUUUGUUGCUGUCUAUGCAAACUUGAGUUAUGGCUACAUUCAAACCUGUCCAACAACUUGGACUUAAAAUAUUUACGAAAUAUCAGUCUAAGCAUUUCACAGUUGUUUAAUGUAAAUGUGAAAACUAGGCAGUACCAUCUUCUGUUUAGUUGCAAUCAAAUGAAGCACUCUGGUAAGUUAAUUUUCAUAGUGAACUGUGUUUUUUAGUUGAGUGUGUUGCACUCAGUCAACACUUGAACAUUCCCUGUCAUACUCUUUACCUUUUCUCUCCCUCCAACUUUCUCUUUCCCUUCCCCUCACUUCUUAUCCUUUGUAGAACCAUUAAAUAGUUAGUAAACUCUUUAAAUUUGGGAAUCUGAACAGUAUUCUUACAUUUAUUUGUAAACAAGCUGUUAGUGAUGGUUGGCAUUGAGUUCACUGUUAGUUGAAAAAUUGAAAUUUAAACUGGUGAUUUCAGAUUCUGAGAUAUGAAGUAUCAUCUACCUGAAUAUUAAAAGUAUUGGAAUUUAUAAUGAAAGGUGGCUUCACUACAUGCAUUGACAAUUUGUUUUUUUGUUUUUAAACAAAAUGAAGAAUGCUGGCUUAGGAAUAGUUCAGCAGUAUCUUGAGUAUAGAUGACUGCAAACUGCUGUACAGUUUUAUGUCAUAUGAAAUUUUAUUGUAUGGCAUGGAAUGAAUGUGAGUAAGAUGCAGUUUGUUUUUUUGCGUGGAUGUCAUAAGCAACAUCCAUUGUCGAGGCUCUGCAAGUUGUUGAAGACAUUCGUCCUUUGUCUCGGGCGACCUUGAAAGCAUUACAGAUUUAUCAGUGCAAUUCCAGUCGCAGUAAACUUAUGUGGGCGUUACUAUUUGCUGGUAUUAUUUUCAUGAGUUGUAGGUAUUUGUUUUUGUGAUGGAUAAAUUUAAUGACUGAAUUAAAACAAUUUGUUUCAUUCUGUCGUCACUUGAUUAUUGAGCACGUGUGCUGUUUAAGUGCUUUGAACCACCUGUUUUGAAUGGACUGAGCAUGUGUGUGUUGGACCUUGAUUGGCUAACAGUUGUAUUGAUGUGUUUGUUCUCGUAUGACACAUCUACUCUUCAGCUUCAGCUUGGGAAGGCCUGUAAGUAUAAACCCUGUGAUUUCACAGCAUUUGUUUACGUGUUUCUCUUGCGUCCUAGGACGGUGGUCUGUUGAACAUGCCUUAGAUGCUACGAGCCUUUGGCAAAAUUUCCCCGAGUGUGUCUUUGAUGAGCAAGCAACGUAGGGAAGAAUCAGCCAAUAAGGUCAUGCUUACCAGACUAAGUCCAGCUUGCCGCUGUAAUAUAGAGUGGGAUUGUUGCUUCAAUAACCUGUAUUUCAAAUCCUGAGUAGGGUUUACUUGGAAGCCUUACAUUUGCUCUUGAGUUUGAGGGUCAUAGGCCAGGUAUGACAAGCAACUUGCGACCCUGAAGUAGUCGACCAAUGAGAAGCACAGGCACUCGGGUGUACGACGCUCUGAGAAGUGUUGCCUGUCUGCAAAUGAAUCCACAAAUCCCCAGGUUCCAAUUAAUAAUUGAAUUUAUAAAUUAAAAAUGAUGCAUUGCAUAUAAGUGAGCAGUUCAUGUAUAUAAAGUUUGCUGUUUGUAAAUAGUGAAGUUGAAGAGUUUCACUGUGUGUAUAGCAGUUGUAAUUAUGUAACUGAUGUUAUGUUUUCAAUCUUUGUUAAUGAUCUUGUUGCACCAUUAAAACCAAUCACUUUUGUGGA